GGUGACCGCGUCUUUGAACCGGCCGGCGCACUCUGGAAGUCGAAGUGACCGCGUCUUUGGACGUCGGACCUAAGUUGGCAGUCGCGGUCACCUCGACCAGCCAGUGAGUAAGGUAUGGCUUUAUGCGUAUACAUAGCCUAGGUUUUGCCUCCUCUACUCUUCUACUCAUCCUCUACCAUCCCCUUCUUCUGUCACUUACACACUUCGUCUUCCUAUAAGAACAUCAACCUCAAGUCGCCAUGGCCAAGCCCAAGCGCGCCUCGAAGUCUCUGCCCACCUCCUCGCCUGGCAAGAAGAAGCGUGCCAACGCCCCUCGAAAGUCGGCUGCAACUCUGGCUGAAGCUCCUCAUGAUCAGGUUCAUCCAGUCCAAGACCUUCCUCACAGUCCCUGUCCUCGCGACCUAAUCAGCAUUUCCAACGCCGUCAACUCGCCGCUGCUCCGUCUUCCCGCCGAGAUCAGGAACGAGAUCUUCGCGUACGUAGUCAUUAAUCAGGUCUAA